GAGUGAGUAGAGCAUCACAUUUGGGUGCGUUGGGUGCGCGUGGUGGAUGGGAUCAGUCUCGCACGGUUCCGCCCGGUUCUGUUCAAUACUUUCCACGUGGCGCACCAGCCGGUCGGAGGAGCGCCAUGUCGUCCCGCACGUGCCAGCACUGCGGCUGCGGCGACAUCGACGUGGACGCCGGCCGCGGCGACGCCGUCUGCACCGGCUGCGGCUCGGUGCUCGAGGAGCACAUCAUCGUCUCGGAAGUGCAGUUCCAGGAGAACGCGCACGGCGGCAGCAACGCCAUUGGACAGUUUGUCGGCGCCGACGGCAAGGGAUCCAAGGGUCUGGCUGCCGGAUUUCACACGGGCGUUGGCAAGGAAUCGCGCGAGUUGACGCUCAGAAAUGCCAAGAAGAAAAUAAACUGGCUGGCCCAGCAACUUCGCCUGAACCAGCACUGCGUGGACACAGCGCACAACUUCUUCAAGAUGGCGCUGUCGCGCGGCCUGACACGGGGCCGUCGCAGCAACCAGGUCAUCGGCGCCUGUCUCUACAUCACCUGCCGCACCGAGGGCACGCCGCACAUGCUGAUCGACUUCAGCGACAUUCUGCUGGUGGACGUGUGUGAGCUGGGCCGCACCUACAUGGCGCUCGCCAACGCGCUCUGCAUCAACAUACCCAUCAUGGACCCGUGCGUGUACGUGCUGCGCUACGCUAACAAGCUGGAGCUGGGCGGCCGGACGCACGAGGUGUCUGUGACGGCGGCGCGACUGAUGCAGCGCAUGAAGCGCGACUGGCUGCACAUGGGGCGCCGGCCGUCCGGCCUGUGCGGCGCCGCCCUGCUCAUGGCCACUCGACUGCACGGCUUCAACCGCACCGUCGAUGACGUCAUCAAGAUCGUCCGCGUCCACCAGAGCACCGUCAAAAAACGUCUCUCCGAGUUCAAGCAGACGCCGUCGUCGUCGCUGACGGUGGAGGAGUUCAUGAACGUCGACCUGGAGGACGAGAUGGACCCGCCAGCGUUCACAAAGUCCCGGAAGAAGGACAAGGAGCGGAUAGCACAGCUGAACGAAGGAGAGGUGACGCUAGAAAUCAAGGCGUUGCAGAAAGAGAUCGACAAACAAUUAGAUGAUCGUAAAAAGCGAUUACAGGACACAUGGAACAACUCCAUCGACGAGCCGCCAGCGUCUCCGGAAUCGGGCGACGGGCGCGAGUCGCAGGACGUCUCGCUGUUUGUACAGGAGCACACGCUGGAGCUGAUCCGCGACUGCGUCGGCGAGGACCUGGGCCCGGCGGCCGACACCGCGCUCAUGCCGCCGCCGCCGAGCGGCAUGGGAGUCAGCCGCGCGCUGCUCGGCCUCACGGCGUCGGUGGACGGCGACGGCGCGGCCGCCGCCGACGGCGACGACCCGGCCAGCCUGGAGCUGGACAUCAGCGGCAUCGACGACGACGAGAUCGACUCGUACAUCAUGUCCCCGCGCGAGAUCCGGUUCAAGACCAAGCUCUGGUUCAAGCUGAACGCCGACUUCCUCAAGGAGGAGGAAGUGAAGAGGCAGCGCGCUGAGGAGGAGCGUCUGCAGCGGGAGAGGGACGGCAAGCCCGAGAAGAAGAAGCGCGGCCCGCGCCGCAAGAAGGCGGGCGGCCUGGCGGCAAGCACGGCCGAGGAGGCCAUCGAGAAGAUGCUGCACGAGAAGAAGAUCUCCAACAAGAUCAACUACGACGUGCUGCGCGAGCUGACGGGCGCCGCCGACACCAAGGUGGACCUGAAGCGGGAGCUUAAGCCAGACGUCGCCGAGCUGGUGCUGCCAGCCUCCCGGAAGCGGCAUCUGUCCGGCAGCGAGGCGGCC